AUGCUGCGACCGCCGCAGAAGCCCCUCGUCGCUAUCAUUGGCGCGACGGGGACGGGGAAGUCCGAGCUAGCUGUCGAGAUAGCCCGUCGAUUCAAUGGUGAAAUCAUCAAUGGCGAUGCCAUGCAACUCUACCACGGCCUGCCCGUUAUCACCAACAAGAUUCCCGAGAUGGAGCAGCAAGGCAUACCGCAUCAUCUGUUAGGGUGUAUAGGGCUGGAGGAAGAGACUUGGACGGUAGGGAAAUUUGUGGACAAGGCGUUGGGCGUGUCCCUCCUCUUCCACGACAUCCUCGCCGGCGACCCAGCUUUGUCCAGCUCGAACAACCAGCACUUCCCCAUCCUCGACGAGCCCGCGGAUGUAAUACUCGCAAAGUUGCAGGAGGUCGAUCCGAUCAUGGCAGAGCGAUGGCACCCGACGGACCGUCAGAAAAUUAGGCGCUCGCUGGAGAUGUAUCUCAAAACGGGGAAGCCGGCGAGUAAGAUAUAUGAGGAACAGGCACUAAGACGGCAAGCUGUCGUUGAUGCUGGUAACACAGCUGACGAUGGUGGGAACGAAGGAGAAAGAGGCGGACUGACGAUGACCAUGCGCUUCCCAGCCCUCAUUUUCUGGAUCCACGCAUCGCGGGAAGCACUAUGUGAGCGGCUCGACGGCCGAAUCAUGAAAAUGCUGGAAAAUGGGCUCUUGGAAGAAGUCAGCACCUUAUCUGCAUUUCGUGAGGGACAAGAAGCGAAGGGUGUCGUUGUUGAUCAAACGCGAGGUAUAUGGGUCUCGAUCGGGUAUAAGGAGUUUUUGGCGUAUCGCACCGCUCUUACGAGUGGUGCGACGGACGCCAAAGAGCUCGCCAAUCUGAAAGAAGCAGCAGUUGCUCACACGCAGGCGGCGACACGGCAAUACGCAAACCGACAGGUGAAGUGGAUUCGGAUCAAGCUGCUGAACGCACUUGCUGGAGCGGGGCGAACUACAAACAUCUUUCUGCUAGAUGGGACUGAUCUCGCCCUCUGGGAUGAGCGAGUCAUUAAUCCUGCGACUGAAAUCGCGCAAAAGUUUCUUAGCGGCGAUGCACUUCCGUCGCCAACCGACGUUUCGGAUAUCGCAGCCGAUUUACUAAAGCCGAAGGGCGAGGACUUAAGCCAACGUAGGGAUCUUUGGGGCAAGAAGACGUGCGAGUUAUGCGGCAUUGUGGGCACGACUGUGAACGAUUGGGAACAGCACAUUAAGAGCAGGGCUCAUCGUCGGGCUGUUGUCGUCAAAGAGAAGAAGAAGGCGAAGGAGGCGAUGAGGGAGCAAGGGUUGAAAAUAGAGGCCCAAAAAGAGGUGGUCGACGUGCUAGAGAGGCAUUUGGACUUAUUUGCGGAGGAGGAGUAA